GUUAUCAAGGCCCAGGUAGGAGUUCAUCCUAAAUGGCUAAGCCAGAUGAGCAUGUAAUCACUAAACAUGAGAUUUAUAGAGAUAGCAACGGCCGUAGACAUGACAUCAUGCUCCUCAAGCUGCCAAGAAAAACAACAGUCCGACCAAUCGGACUAGCUCUCUGUCCAGAUACUCUCCUACUCGGCACCAAGGUUCAGAUUGCAGGUUAUGGAGCAGCACAGGUUGGCCCGUUUAACAAAAGAGUCCAUCACCGUUCAGAUGAUCUCCAGUGUGCAGAGAUUAAGAUUGACAAACACCACAAGAUGGAACUGAUCAUGUCAAAACUUGAGUUCUUUGAGUACAGUUUCCAGAAGUGGUGCAGUGCGAGCAGCUCUAAGAAGGACAUAUCUGAAGGCGACAACGCUGGAGGAUGGCUGUAUGGCGUUUGUGCCUUCUCUGGACAUCCAGAGUGUGCACUCAGUGCACCGAGUGCUUUCAUUGACAUCUGUGGCUACAAGGAUUGGAUAGACAAAAUAUUGGGCAAACCAUAAGAAACCUAUGUCUGGAUGGUGGCUAAAUGUUUCCAGCAUCAUGAAAUCACAAAGUUCAAGUUAAUCUUUAAAUUUAAAUUUUCAGUGGAUUCAUUUUGUGAUUUGCAGCUGAAUUAUUUGGGGACUAAUGUUAUUGUUAAAGCUGCUGUUUGUAAUAAUCACUAAUAAUAUCCACUGUCACAUGACUAGAAAAUAAAUGGCUGUUAUCUGAUCA